CAAAUCCAGGUCUACACGGUCCAGGCUGGGUUUAGCUGAACUGCGUGUGCAGGUUGGCUUGGGCUUUGAGCGACUGUGCGUCGCAGCGAAUGGCUAGGGACCUGAUCGGGCCGGCACUGCCGCCAGGCUUCAAGGAGCACGCGACAGUUGAGGACGAGGAGCGGGACCCGAGCCCGGUUGCAGGGCCAGCUCUGCCCCCUAAUUACAGAAGCUGCAGUUCAGACUCCUCAGACAGCGACGAGGACAGUAGUUCUUUAUCUGAAGAAGGAAAUCAAGAGUCUGAAGAAGAUGACACUGGUCCAACUGCAAAAAAGCAGAGACGAAAUCAAGACAGAGACGAUGAUGAUGAUGAUGAUGACGAUGAUGGGUUUUUUGGACCAGCCCUUCCUCCUGGGUUUAAGAAGCAGGAUGACUCUCCUCCCAGGCCUAUAAUAGGUCCCGCAUUGCCACCUGGUUUCAUUAAGUCUCCACAGAAAAAUGACAAAGGCAGAGAGGAUCCAGGGCAAGUGUCAUCAUUCUUCAACUCAGAGGAAGCAGAGAGCGGUGAAGAUGAGGAUAUUGUUGGACCAAUGCCUGCCAAAGGACCAGUUAACUAUAGCGUAACAACAGAGUUUGAAAAAAGGGCCCAGAGGAUGAAGGAAAAAUUGACCAAAGGAGAUGAUGAUUCAUCUAAACCAAUUACAAGAGAGUCAUGGAUGACUGAGCUUCCACCAGAAAUGAAAGACUUUGGUCUUGGGCCAAGAACCUUUAAGAGAAGAGCAGAUGACAAAUCCGGAGACCGAUCUGUCUGGACAGACACCCCAGCCGACCGGGAAAGGAAAGCUAAGGAAAUACAAGAAGCAAGGAAGUCAUUCAGCAAGAAAGAUGAAGAGAACAUAUUGUCAGGAAGGGAUAAGAGACUGGCUGAGCAAGUAUCCUCAUAUAAUGAAUCAAAAAGAUCAGAAUCCCUCAUGGACAUUCAUCAUAAGAAGUUAAAGAGUAAGGCUGCUGAAGAGAAAAACAAGCACCAGGAGAGAAUACCAUUUGACCGUGAUAAAGAUCUCAAGGUUAAUCGGUUUGAUGAGGCUCAGAAAAAAGCCCUAAUAAAGAAAUCCAGAGAACUAAACACCCGGUUUUCACACGGCAAAGGCAACAUGUUUUUAUAAGUAAGUGUACUUCAGUGAGGUACACUUAUACUGAUCAGCCUGAACCCCUCAGAAUAUACCUUUGUCAAUAGUAAUUAUGUAUACAAAUACAUCUCCUUUUGUAUAAAGUAGAUUCGGGAUCUACAUUUUUAUAAAUUGUGACUUUUGAAAAGUUGGGGAGGGGAGAUAGUGGGAAAAAAAAUAGCUUUGUCUUCACAAUAACCCAACAAGACAUUGCUACUAGAAAAGGGUUUCAAUGAAGAGAAAGGGCCCAGAGUGUGGUGUGCAGCUUGAGGUGUUGUGUGCUCCAUUAGAAAGAAAGGAAAGGAACUGGGGGUAUUUGUGUGUGUUAAUUGUUCACUUGCUUGUUGAUUUUUGAGAUGGGAUCUCACUGUGUAACCUUGGCUGGCCGGGAACUCACUAUGUAUACUAGCAAGCUGGCCUCAAACUCACAGAGAUCCAUCUGCCUCUGUCCCCAAGUACUGGAAUUAAAGGUGAGUGCCACCAUACUGUUCUUUGAACAUUACAAUUAGAAAAGAUGCAUUGCCUUAGAAGGCCUCUGUAAGUUGAGUGUCAGCUGGUAUGCCUUAAAUAUCCAUAAUCCCGUGUAUCCAUCUGAUGAGAGUCUGUGAUGUUGGUUAAAGAAUUGUGAAAGAGCUGAGGAUGCUUAAGUCCCUCAUGAUUUGUAGUAUUAUGAAAUAGAUAUCGAUAUUCAGGUGUGAUUUUAAAGGAUAAUAUAAACUUUAAAAUGUUUUUAAGAGUCCAUCCCCACAACACUACAGCCCCUAAUUUUUUAUGGUGUCUUACAUGUUUCUCCUUAGUUCUGGGUGAGACUGUGUACACUCUAUCACAGUCUGGACAUUUUUCUUCAAAUAUAUUUAACCUGCCCUAGAAUCAUUGUGUCAGGCUGUCUUAGUUAGGGUUUUACUGCUGUGAACAGACACCAUGACCAAGGCAACUCUUGU